AUGGUUUAUGGAUUUGCUGCUCGUGUCCAUAACAAGGACAGAAAAUCGUUGAAACUUCCGGCAUUAUAUGGCGACUGGAUUAAAACAUUCAACUACCCGGAUAAGAAUGCUGUCAUCCGCACUUUACCGUCAUCUGCCUGGGUGGUUUUCCAAUAUGAAGAAGCUUUAUCUUCAUUUCGUCUCAUCUACUUUUAUCAAGACAUAAAUCUUGCGCCGUCUGAGUAUUUCUACUACCAACCUGGAAAUCCUUGGGACCGUGAUAACUGCAUGUAUGUGAGUAGGUUGUUUGUUGAUCACAAGAUGCUUUCAACUUGUCCAUAUUAUCCUGUUGUGGUACGUUCCUCUUGUAAUCGUAAAUGGUUUGUUCGUAUGGAUAUUUUUGACAAUGAUAUCUAUAUUACAACUGGUUGGAAUCGAAUCAAGAAGGAGAUGUCUAUUACUGAUCAUCAUUUGGUCGUUUUUGAAAUGCUUGAUUUGCAUACAUUUGAGAUGAGUGUUUUCUGUUGCAAACCCACCCUAUUAACUCUACCACCAGAACUUUGUGUUGUCAAAGAAGAACCUACAAAUGAGGUCAUUGAUAUUUCUGAUGAUGAUUUGCCUAAUCCCAUUCCGGUAGUUGGUGUUGAAGAGAGUACGGACGAUGAAGUACCGGUUGUAUUUCGCGUGGACAAUCAUUAUCGACUAAAAAAGAAGUGGGCACAAUUGCACGGUUUGGAUCGUAAGAGGGAUUUGAUUAUUAAGGACUCUGCUGGUUUGACUUGGGACGUGUCCAUUGGUGUCGAGCACUCUGAAGGAUAUCCGCGCUAUAACGUGACUGGUAUGAAGAAUUUUGUUCGAGACAAACAGUUAGUCAAAGGUUCCGAAUUUCAUAUGGUUUAUGUCAAAAGUAAAGGAUUACUUGCUAAAGAAAGAAGAAAAAUGCGCAAGCUCUAUCUUGAUAGCAAACGAUCGAAUUCAAAGAAACAAAGUACUGGUCCUUUUAGUAGAGGAUGCUCAAAAGUCGAUAAUUGGUCUCAGGUCAUCGACAAAGAGAAUUAUAAUCCAAAUAUUUCUUCAUCAUCUAAUAAUUUUCACACAGUGCGGAACUUGAAAUAUGUAACCACAUCAGCAUCAUCAAGUACCAUCACGACCAGUGGUUUUCCUUUGAAUAACGAAUUUACCACUUCUACAAGUACUCGGUUUUCUAUUGUUUCAAACAUUGUUACACAAAGCAGUAACUCCAUUGGUCAAUCGUCCUCAACGUUAACAAAGCUGAAUUCCGGUAAACAAAAGCUUUUACCUAAGAAACGCCGUAUUGAUCCUAUUCCAAUGUUAGAUCUUACGUCUGAUGAUGAGAAUGUAGACUUUGCUCCCAUUCAAGACCCUUAUUAUUUGGAUCACGGUAAUCAAAGCCUUAAAUGUGAGAUGUGUGAUUCAUUGUUAUGGACUGACGAAGGUGGUAAAGGGAGAAUUACAUUGGGUAAGUUAAGCUAUAGCUUAUGUUGUGGUUAUGGAAAAGUGGAGCUUCCGGAUUUGAAAGAGCCUUCUUCAAUAUACAAGGAUCUAUUUGCAAAUUCUAAUGAAAACAACAAGUAUUUUCUAAAGAAUAUCCGUCGAUAUAAUUCUAUGUUCGCAUUCACAUCCAUGGGUGGAAAAGUAGAUUCAAGCAUCAAUAGUGGCAGGGCACCUUAUGUAUUUCGUAUAAGUGGACAGAAUUUUCAUUCAUUAGGUGGUUUGGUACCUGCACCUGGAAAACAGCCAAAGUUCUCCCAGCUUUGUAUUUAUGACACUGAGAAUGAAGUUUCAAAUCGAAAUAAGUUGUUCAGUGACUCCACAAAUAAGUCUGACUUGCAUUUAAAGCAAAUAGAUCUUCAUCUCAUAAAGUUUUUAAAAGACUUCCUGGAUAAUAAUAAUCAGUUGGUUAAAAGUUACAGAAUAGCAAGAAACCACUUCAAUGAUAAUCCUAAUGAGAACUUCAAACUUCGUAUCAUUUACAAAAGAGAUCUUGAUGGUCGUACUUACAACUUGCCUUCAUCUUUUGAAGUUGCUGCAUUGAUUGUUGGUGGUAUCCAACAAAUAGUUGACCAUCGUGAUAUUGUUGUUGAGUCUCACACGGAAGGUCUUCAACGAAUAAGUGAACUUCAUCCAUCAUAUCUUGCACUUCAGUAUCCAAUUCUUUUUCCCAAUGGUGAUGACGGAUAUAGAAUAGACAUUCCUCAUAGGGAUGGUAUAAGUACUUUAAAGAAAAUUAGUCCCAAGUGUACAAUGAGAGAAUUCUUUGCUUAUAGAAUCCAAGAUCGAUCAACUUCAUUUUCGCUAAUAUUAAAUGCCCGCAGAUUGUUCCAGCAAUUUUUGGUUGAUGCAUAUACCAUGAUCGAGAGUGAAAGACUUAAUUAUAUCCGUUUUCAACAAAAACAUCUUAGGUCUGAAUCAUACACAAAUCUUCAGAAAUUUAAGAAUGAAGGAAAAAAGGAUCUAUCUAAUACUGGGGUACGGUUAGUACUACCAUCAUCUUUUACUGGUGGGUCUCGGUAUAUGCAGCAAAAUUAUCUAGAUGCUAUGGCUAUUUGCAAAUGGUUCGGGUAUCCUGAUUUUUUCAUUACGGUGACAUGUAAUCCUAAGUGGCCAGAGAUUAUCCGAUACCUUCGAAAUACUUCUAUUAAGCAAGAGGACAGACCAGAUAUUAUGUGUCGAUUGUUUAAGAUGAAACUGGAUUCAAUUAUAAAGGAUUUGAAGGACAAGAAAGUGUUUGGAGCACUAAGUGCAGCGGUUUAUACCGUUGAAUUUCAAAAGCGUGGAUUGCCACAUGCUCACAUUUGUAUUUUUUUGAAACCUGAAUCCAAGCUUCUCUCCGUUGAUCACGUAGACAAAUUCAUAUCUGCUGAGAUACCAGAUAAGAUUCAAGAUCCCGCUCUUUAUGCUCUUGUAUCCGAGUUUAUGAUUCAUGGUCCAUGUAGAAAUGCAAAUCCCAAUUGUCCUUGUAUGGUUGAUAAUAGAUGUUCAAAAAAAUUUCCAAAAAAAUUCAUUAAUGAAACAAUUACCGAUGCUGAAGGUUUCCCUGUAUACAGAAGAAGAGAUAAUGGAAACACCAUUAUCAAGUCCAAAGUUCAAUUGGACAACAGAAGUGUCGUUCCAUAUAAUCCGCUUCUUUUGAAAAGAUACCAAGCUCACAUUAAUGUAGAAUGGUGCAAUCAAGCGGGUUCUAUCAAAUAUUUGUUUAAGUACAUUAAUAAAGGUCCAGACAAAGCAUCGCUUGUGGUGUCAAAUGGAGACGGUACAGAUAACGAACAAACAGCAAAGGAUGAGAUCAAAGCUUAUUAUGAUUGUAGGUACGUUUCCGCUUGUGAAGCUUCUUGGAGAAUAUUUGCAAAUGAAGUUCACUAUAGGUUUCCUCCAGUUAUGAGGCUUCCUUUUCAUAUGGAAGGUCAACAAAAUGUUGUUUUUGGUGCCGAAGACGAUAUUGAAGAAGUGUUGGACAAGCCAUCAGUCUCUUCAUCCAUUUUUUUAAAGUGGAUGGAGAUGAACAUAAAUAAUGAGGAAGCACGGAAGCUUACGUAUGUUGAGUUUCCUACAAAAUUCUGUUGGAAACUAAAAGAUAGAAAUUGGGCAGAACGUAAAAGAAAAUUAUUACAGAUUGGACGCAUUCAUUCUGUUUCCCCUGCUUUGGGUGAACCAUAUUUUCUUAGAAUUCUUUUAAACAAAGUCAAAGGACCAAGAUCCUUUGAAGAAAUUAGAACUGUUGAUGGCCAGUUGUUUCCAACCUUCAGGGAUGCAUGUUAUGCUAUGGGUUUGUUAGACGAUGACAUGGAAUACAUCGAAGCUAUUAAAGAAGCGAGUUUUACGGGAGAUGGUCGUUAUAUUCGUGCAUUGUUUGUUACUUUGCUGUUGUCAAACACAUUAUCAAGACCUGAAUUUGUUUUCGAACAAACAUGGAAAUACUUGGGGGAUGACAUUUUAUACAAAACGAGAAAAGAAACAAAGAACAAAGAUCUUGUAAUGUCAGAUGAGAGAUUGAAGAACAAGACAUUGGUGGAGAUUGAGAAGUACCUCAUUCGAAAUGGGUCCUCUUUGACACGAUGGCCAACAAUUCCUUAUCCUGAUUACGAUUCGUUUGCUGUUGGAAACAAUCGUCUGGUUGACGAAGAACUGUCUUUUAAUGUUCCUCAGAUAAUGACAGCCGUUGAAGGCGACAAAGGAGGUGUAUUUUUUGUUUACGGAUAUGGAGGAACGGGGAAGACGUUUUUGUGGAAGACGUUAGCCUUAACCGUUAGGUCGAGAGAGCAGAUUGUUUUAAAUGUGGCUUCAAGUGGUAUUGCUUCACUUCUAAUGUCAAGAGGUAGAACGGCUCAUUCUAGAUUUCACAUCCCCAUAAAUUUAGAUGAGAGUUCAAUGUGUCACAUAAGGCCCGAUGGUGAUGUAGCUUAUCUGCUUAAACAAACUAGGUUGAUUAUAUGGGACGAAGCACCCAUGGUACAUAGACAUGCGUUUGAAGCUUUAGAUAGAACAUUAAAAGAUAUUUUUGUCGAUAAAAGCAAUUGUCAGUCGGAUGUUUUGUUUGGAGGUAAGGUAAUCGUUUUUGGUGGUGAUUUUAGACAAAUUCUUCCUGUUAUUCCAAACGGAAGUAGGCAAGAAAUUGUUAACGCUUCGUUGAGUUCAUCCUAUAUAUGGCCCCAUUGCAAGUUACUUACUUUGACCAAAAACAUGAGAUUGACUGUUGGUGUUUUACCAUCUACAGUCGAGUCGACAAAGAGAUUUGCCGAAUGGCUUCUUGAUAUUGGCGAGGGUAAAGUUGGAGGGGACAAUGAUGGUGUAGCAACUGUAGAAAUACCAUCUGAUUUGUUAAUCACAGAUUCUUUGGAUCCCAUCGAAAGUUUAAUUCAAUUUGUAUAUCCAUCUGUUCUUGAAAGAUAUAAGGAUCGAGAUUAUUUUUCUGAAAGGGCGAUUCUGACACCAAAAAACGAGGUGGUACAUGAAACAAAUGAUCGACUACUAGAAUUGUUUCCUGGUGAACCAACAGAGUACCUGAGUUCUGAUAGUAUAUGUGCGACGGAGAAAGGUAUCGAUUCAUUCCAACAAGAGUUGUAUUCACCUGAUGUCCUUAAUGGUUUAAAGAUAUCUGGUUUACCUAAUCAUCGUUUGGUUUUAAAACCUGGAGUUCCAAUUAUGCUUCUUAGGAACAUUGAUCAGCAAAAUGGUUUGUGUAAUGGUACAAGGUUACAGGUUACAUUUCUUGGAAAGAGGGUUAUAGAAGCUGAAAUUAUAUCAGGUGCUAAUGUCGGAACCAGAACAUUCAUACCAAGAAUUAGCAUGAUUCCCUCCGACAAAAAAAUUCCUUUUGCUUUUCAAAGACGACAGUUUCCUGUUGCUGUGUGCUUUGCUAUGACGAUCAACAAGAGUCAAGGCCAAUCUUUAUCUAAGGUUGGAUUGUUUUUAAAAGAGCCCGUUUUUACACAUGGCCAGCUAUAUGUAGCAUUAUCAAGAGUUAAAUCAAGGGAAGGUGUGAAGAUGUUAAUUCUUGAUAAGGAUGGCAAACCUACCAACACAACAACUAAUGUGGUUUACAAAGAAGUGUUCACACACUUAUGA